AGAGAAGAAGAAAAAGAGGAGGAAGGAGAAGAAGGAAGAAAGGUUAACAUUAGAGACAGUUUUAAAGUGACUGUGGUUGUAUGUAGAACCUGUGGAGAGCCAAGAUGCCCCUGGAGGUCCGAUGGCCGUUCCCACCAUGCCCUGCGCUGGCGUGGCGGGUCUCCAGCUCCUUCAUCAUGGGCAUGGUCGGAACGUAUUCCUUCAUCUGGACCAAGUACAUGAACUACCUGACCGUCCACAACCAGGAGGUUCUGCUGGACCUGAUUGACCACCGGCCGUCGGACACGCCCCUCAUCACUUUGUCCAAUCACCAAUCCUGCAUGGACGACCCGCACAUCUGGGGUGUGCUGAAGCUGCGGCAGCUGUGGAGCUACAGGAAGAUGCGAUGGACGCCGACAGCGUCUGACAUCUGCUUCACCAGCGAGCUGCACUCCCGGUUCUUCAGCCGAGGAAAGUGCGUCCCUGUCUGCAGAGGUGAGUCCGAGCAAAGCACCAGUUCCGCUUUCUGCACACGUAAAAGACGCAGUGACAGUUUGUCUCCUGCAGGGGACGGUGUUUACCAGAGGGGCAUGGACUUUGCCCUGGAGAAACUCAACAAAGGAGAAUGGGUCCACAUUUUCCCCGAAGGGAAAAUCAACAUGACGGAAGAAUUUAUCCGCCUGAAAUGGGGUGUAGGUCGGCUGAUAGCAGAGUGCUCCUUGAAUCCCAUCAUCCUGCCGCUGUGGCAUGUAGGUUUGACCGACGUCCUGCCGAACGAGUCGCCCUACAUUCCUCGGAUCGGGAAAAGGAUCACGGUCCUGGUGGGAAAACCUUUCAGCGUCAAAGAGCUGGUUGAUUCCCUCCGGGCUGAAAACAAGAACCAGAUGGAAAUGAGGAAGACGUUGACCGAUUUCAUCCAGAAGGAGUUCAGGAACCUGAAAGCUCAGGCUGAAGGUCUUCACAGACAGAUAGAAACCAGAUCCUGAGGCUCGAUUUCCCUCCAAACGGCGAGCAGGACAGAUUGACGGAGCAGCGGAUGUAGAGUUAGCCUGGUCAGAUGCUAAAACACGGUUUGGACUCUGGUUUGGGUCACUAACCUUCCUUCUGCUCCGGAUGACAUGCUGGAUUUUCAGUUAAAUUAUGAAGAAAUCGUCGGCGAUCGUUUCUGUACCUUUGAGGAAGCAGAAUCUCCAGCUGUGAAAUAAAAAAGCAUGUUUUAAAGUGAAUUAGCAAACAGCUGCAGGUUGAUAGCUGAUCGUUUUGAAUGUAUGUCGACCCAGAAAUAGUUUCUGCUGUGGAUUUUGAAUCAUUUCUGCUCCUGAUUUUCAGUUCAAAUCCAACCUGUGCCUCUGUUCACCUCACUUGAUUUUACAUUUCUGUUAUUCCUCAUUUUAUUCUCAUAUUUAAUUUAAAAUCAUUUCUGCUUUGAUUUAGCUACGUCAGACUAGCAGUUACAAAGGCGUUAAUUUAAAACACAUUUCCGAUCUUUCUUCAUCGUUUGCUUCGUGUUUUGAUGUUGAUUGUGAUGAUGCAAUUUGACGUAAAGCUGCUCUUUAAGUGACCAGGAAGUGUUGUGCAGCCAAGCGCCACUGGGUUUACAAACUGAUGUCCGUCCUGAUUCGUUAGCGUGCCAAAGCAUCAGCAGCUAAAUGCCUAGUCCUGUUUAUAUCUUUCCAUUUCCAACAAGUUUUCUUUUUCUAACUGUUAGCAUCUAAAUCUAGCAGUUUUUACACGUCUCAACUCACGUUACAUGAUCUGUUUUUAAGAUUUUAUCACAGCAGCUUCCAUUUAGAUUUUGACCCCAUUGAAAUGUUUUUUCCUCCAACUACUUGCAUGUUGAUUUAAUCCUCACAUGUACAAUUUAUACAUGAAAAUAUUGAGAUUUUUCACUUCUUUCAUUCUGUUUUAUGCCAAAUAAUACGUCACACUGCAAACCCGUAAUUUUACUCCUCUUUUAUGUUCAACCCUUAAUUUUUCCAUCAAAGCUACAAACUGACGUCUUUAGCCUUUUAUCAGGUGACUUUACACGCUGGUUUACCUCAACGUUGUGCCACAGGUCGGUCGGGAAUUGUCUGGUUGAUUCCUGGUCUCUGUCUGAGGUCAGAGGUCAGAGGUGCUUGAAUCUGGUUUCUGAUUCCUGCUCAGUUUUUUGUUUGUCUCUUUGCUGCACCACCGAUCACGAUCACAGUUGUGGCUGCAUUGCUUUUACAGCCUGACAGUUCAACAUAAACACUUAAGUUGUAAUUUUCUUGAUGGGAUUUUUUUAUGGCCAUUAUGUGAAGGUUUUGGAAAAGUAUUGGUUUGGAAAAUGCUGGAUUUUCUGAAGAUCUACUAACUUUUGGAAAUUAGCCCCAGGUUUGAUGCAUUUUGUACAAAUAGAGUAUUUUAUCCCCAGAUUACUGACUUUUCUAAGGGAAACAGAACAUUAAUUUCCUAUUAUUUUAAGCGAAUCACCUUUCUGUCAUUGUUACUCUUUCCUCUUGUAUGAUUCAAUAAAGCAUCUGACUUUUAAA